ACAAUAUUAUAAACUGUUAAUUGUAUUAUUUUCAUGUUUUCAAUUUUAUUGAUCUAUUGAAAAUGUAAACGAUAUGAAAAAAUAAACAUUAGUACUAGACGAUUCAAUUACGUACAUGGUGCUGAAAAUAAUUUUGGAAAAAUUAUUUGCAUAAGAUGGAUUUCGAAAGUCCAGACGUUGAAAAGGAUUUUCCUGGCUUAUAUGCUUCGGAAACUGGGCGAAAAAGCAAUGAAAGUGAUUUCAGUGAUGGUGGUGAUCAUGAAAAGCCAACUAAAAAAGACUUGUUAGGACGUCGAAAAGAUAAAAAGGAAUCGAAAAAAGAUAGAGGCUAUGCCGCUUUGGAAGGAGAAAGUUCUCCAGAAGAGGAUACAGACACUAAGUAAGUCUUGAUCUUCUAACAAGAUU